AUGUCAUUGGUUAUAUCUACAGAGUUGGCGGAUACAUCAUAUAGGAAUGCCAAGCUCUACACACUAAAGGGAACUGAUGUUUCACCUGAUCUGUCCUCCCACAAUUUUGUUCCGGAUAAGCACAGAAACAUGUAUUUCACAGAUUCUUACUCGAGUGAGAGUUAUGAAAAGUACUUCCACGAUUCUCCAUCAGAAGAACUAAUAGAACCAUCUAGUUCCAGCAUAUCAGGAAAUUCAGUUCAGCCCGAUGGUGCUUCUUACCUGCUCAGAGCUAGUUCAGGAGCUUCUGUGAUUGUUAAUAACCCAUUUGACGCUUCUAUCCGGUCUACAAGGCGUCACCAUGCCCAUCAGUCCAAUUUUGGAUCAGAUUUCGUGGAAAAUAGGAGCCCUGAUGGCCUUGACUUUGAUGGUGAAAUGAGAUUAAAAUUACAAGAAUUGGAAAGGGCUUUGUUUUCUAAUGAAGAAGAGGAGGAGGAAGACAUAUUUGAGACUGUGCAAAGCAUGGAUAUUGAUCCUGACAUGGCCGAGUGGGCCAAUCCGCUUCAAGAUAUGCUGCUCCAUGACUCACCAAAGGAGUCUUCAUCCUCAGAUUCUUCCAAUAUUAGCAGCAUAAGCAGCACCACCAAAGAAACUUCACAAAACUCGCCCCAGACCCCCAAACAAUUACUUUAUGAUUGUGCUAGAGCACUUUCAGAAGGAAAUGAACAGGAAGCCACAUCUAUGAUAAACAAUCUCAGGCAAAUGGUCUCCAUUCAGGGUGAUCCUUCUCAAAGAAUUGCAGCCUACAUGGUGGAAGGGCUUGCAGCUCGCGUUGCUUCCUCUGGAAAAUGCAUCUAUCAAGCAUUGAGAUGCAAGGAACCUCCUUCUUCAGAUCGCUUGGCAGCUAUGCAGAUACUAUUUGAGGUCUGCCCAUGUUUUAAAUUCGGAUUCAUUGCUGCAAAUGGCGCCAUAGCUGAGGCUGUUAGGGAUGAAAAGAAGGUUCACAUAAUAGACUUUGAUAUCAGCCAGGGAACUCAAUACAUAACUCUAAUACAAACACUUGCUUCAAUGCCAGGUAGGCCACCUCAUGUGAGAUUAACCGGGGUGGAUGAUCCCGAGACCGUGCAGCGCUCCAUUGGUGGCAUAAACAUCAUAGGACAAAGACUUGAAAAGCUGGCAGAAGAACUUGGAUUGCCAUUUGAGUUUCGAGCAGUGGCUUCAAAAACCUCAAUUGUCUCUCCAUCAAUGCUCAAUUGUCGUCCGGGGGAAGCACUUGUGGUGAACUUUGCAUUCCAGCUUCAUCACAUGCGUGAUGAAACUGUAUCCACAGUGAACGAGAGAGACCAGCUUCUUCGCAUGGUCAAGAGCUUGAAGCCAAAACUUGUGACAAUUGUGGAGCAGGACAUGAACACCAACACCUCCCCUUUUCUCCAAAGAUUUGUUGAAGCAUACAAUUACUACUCUGCUGUUUUUGACACACUUGAUGCAACUCUACCUAGGGAGAGCCAGGACAGGAUGAAUGUUGAAAGGCAAUGCUUGGCCAAGGACAUUGUCAACAUUGUGGCGUGUGAGGGCGAGGAUAGAAUAGAACGGUAUGAAGUCGCCGGAAAAUGGAGGGCAAGGUUGACAAUGGCUGGCUUCACUCCAUCCCCAGUGAGCUCAAAUGUGAGAGAAGCAAUUAGGAAACUCAUUAUUAAGCAGUACUGUGACAGGUUCAAGAUAAAGGAGGAAAUGGGAGCACUUCAUUUUGGGUGGGAAGACAAAGACUUAAUUGUUGCUUCAGCGUGGAAGUAA